AAGCCAAACCAAACCAAAGCCCCUUCCUCUUUUCCCCCUUCUCCCCCAAUCUCGAAGACACCGUCGCAACCAUCCAUCUCUCACCACGCCGACGAUCGGUUUUGUUGCCGUCUCUCGUUCCUUUUUUGCUUCAUUCCCAUUGCCAUCGUCAAUUGACUGGUGCACAACGACUGUAGGAUUGCAGGUCAACAUUGGUACCCAAGUCUCGCCAACAAGCAGUCACACUAAACUUCGAACUGUCCCACUAUAAUACACCACAUAUUCAGCACCAGGAAACACCGGCACCAUGGGUUGCGGAAUGAGUACGGAGGAGAAGGAGGGCAAGGCCCGGAACGAGGAGAUUGAGAACCAGCUCAAGAGGGAUAAGAUGAUGCAGCGCAACGAGAUCAAGAUGCUUCUUCUGGGUGCUGGUGAAUCUGGAAAGUCCACGAUCCUCAAGCAGAUGAAGCUCAUCCACGAGGGAGGCUACUCGCGCGACGAGCGCGAGUCGUUCAAGGAAAUCAUCUUCAGCAACACCGUCCAGUCGAUGCGUGUCAUCCUCGAGGCCAUGGAGUCUCUCGAGCUUCCGCUUGAGGACCAGCGCAUGGAGUACCACGUCCAGACCAUCUUCAUGCAGCCGGCUCAGAUUGAGGGCGAUGUCCUGCCUCCCGAGGUCGGCAGCGCCAUCGAGGCGCUGUGGAAGGACCGCGGUGUCCAGGAGUGCUUCAAGCGCUCCAGGGAGUACCAGCUUAACGAUUCGGCGAGAUACUACUUCGAUAACAUUGCCCGAAUCGCCGCCCCUGAUUACAUGCCCAACGACCAAGAUGUCCUGCGAUCGCGUGUCAAGACGACUGGUAUUACGGAGACCACGUUCAUCAUUGGCGAUCUGACCUACAGGAUGUUCGAUGUCGGUGGCCAGCGAUCAGAGCGAAAGAAGUGGAUUCACUGCUUCGAGAACGUCACAACAAUCCUCUUCCUCGUUGCCAUUUCCGAAUACGACCAGCUGCUUUUCGAAGAUGAGACGGUCAACCGUAUGCAGGAGGCGUUGACACUGUUUGACUCGAUUUGCAACUCAAGGUGGUUCAUCAAGACGUCUAUCAUCCUCUUCCUGAACAAGAUCGAUCGUUUCAAGGAGAAGUUGCCCGUCAGCCCCAUGAAGAACUACUUCCCUGACUACGAGGGUGGCGAUGACUACGCCGCGGCGUGCGACUACAUUCUCAACCGUUUCGUCAGCUUGAACCAGCAUGAGACCAAGCAGAUCUACACGCACUUCACCUGCGCGACGGAUACGACGCAAAUCCGCUUCGUCAUGGCGGCCGUCAAUGAUAUCAUCAUCCAGGAGAACCUCCGUCUUUGCGGCCUGAUUUGAGUGCAAUGUUUUUUUUUACUUCUCAGCAAAUACCCUUUACUUCGUAAUGGCAUGGCUCCGGCUAGACAUUGUCGCGGGAGUUGGCUCAUGAAUUCAACCCGCUCCCGACGACGCACACGGCAACCCGACGGUUUUCUAGGAUUCCCUUUUAUUUUUUUCACGUACGCCAUGUCGCGUGUUUCCUGUCGCCCACAUCAACCUCCUCAGACGCCCACAGCAUCGGCCGUUACGCUCCCAACUCAUUUCCUCCAUUGCAUUGCUUUGGUGUGGGCAGUAUGUCAGGCUUCUGGGUGUCUUGCAUCGAACCUUCUGACAGAAGGCUUCAGAGGCGGUAUUCGUGUGGUGGUCUGUAUCAAAAAGAACAAGGGGCAACGACCCCAACGAGCGACAAGGCGAGGCGAAGGGGAGGAACAGGGUGGAGAAAACAGGCUGAAAUUCUAAGCGAUUGAUGGAUGGAUAGCAGAUGGUGAACUAGGGAGCGGAGGAAUCGAUGACCCUGAACGCAUGUCCGAGAGGAGUGACGCGGUGGAACGGAGGGUGGUUCAAUAUUUCUGUUUAAUUAUGAAAGUCCAAUUUCCUAACGUCUACGCCGUGCACAUGUGACUUGCCAUCUACAGUGCCUGUCAGCGUUCGCAUGGAGGUGAUGACCCCGCUCGUUUGGCUUGCGAUCAGCACUUGCUAGACCAAGAAGAUCGGACAUGUUCUCACUGCAUGCCCGGCUGACUUGAUGUAGUCCGAGUCGCGUUGUUAACGACCUCGGGAACAUGUUCGACAGGUAUUAGACGCGUGCCUCGCAGUAUGGCCGCCAGUUCUGGACGAGAAUAACCUGGCGGCGUAACGGAACGCUGGUAGAGCAACCAUGUGUGGGAUUGUACAACUUGAUGGUUUAAUGAUCCACAAACGCUUUUCGCUCCUCGUUCGUACUGGUCCCACGGCCGCUGGGAGACUGACACGCAGAAAAAUCACGGCGAGAUGCAUGAACCCUUCGAGUCGACACGCGGCAGAACACCAGCCCUGGCUGUGGAGGGGGGGGGGCCUGCAUUGAACAUUUUCCAGAUGAAACAAAAACUACCACAAGACGCAACGUCUACCGUCCCCCUCUUCCCCGGCCCGUUUUCCCUUGUUCGUGUCGGCGAGGAGACGCGGGGAGCCU